CUGUGAAAUUCGAAAAUUUUUGUUUUUUAAAAAUUGAAGUUUUUAACAAUUUGCUUCUAAAAGAUCAUAUAUAUAUAUAAAUUUUAGGAUGCUCCCAGAUCUUCUUUAUAAAACUCGCGAUCGAAAAAAUCAUGAUUCCUAUACUUUCCUUAUCUGUAUACAGAUAGGAAAGUAAAAAUACGGUAUUCUUGUACUUAUUGAUACUUUGUGUUUUCCUACUUUCAUAAAUAAAACUUGUUUUUAAUUUUUUAUUAAUAUAAAAACUGUAGCUAUUCCUAAAAAAAUAUAAUUAUUUUUUUACAGCAGAGUGCAUGUGCAUUUUUAAAUUUUGUUUUAGCAUUCUUUUUAAAUCCAACCAAUUUAAGUUAGUCAUAGGAAUAAAAAUAAAACAAAGUACUUAUCUAAAUGAAACCUUGGAACUUGACCUUCCUAUGUACACUUAAACCACUAUCAUUAUAACAUAAAAUUCCAUUGAUUUCAGACACAGUAGAGAUCGUUCUUAUUAAAAAACGAUAUAGUUCUGACAAGAUGGAACAAUAUAAAAAUCAACUUAAAUGCAAAACGGAAGAGAUGGCGCUAAAAUUCAAAGAAGAAUUGGCCAAUAAACAGAAUUUCAUGAUGGAAAAAAUUAAAGAUGUGUCAGAAAUGGGAACCGAAGUUUUGCGGAAUCUGCUUAGUGCAGAGCCUCCUUCAGAUAAAGUAAUGGAGACUAGACCUGAUUUGUUUUCUUCGAGAGAUAUAUAUUCAAGAGAAGAUGGAUUGGUUUUGUAUUCACCUCCACCCAUUACACAGAAAGCUAAAGGAAGUCUUAAUUAUGAAAUAGUUCUCCACAGACCAGCCACUGAAACGCUCUAUCAACUUUUCAGCUUGUUUAGAACACCAAAUUUAGAGGAGGCGGAAUUGAGAUUCAUUACUUUUAAAGAUAGAAUACCACCUUUUAUAGAAGUAGCUAAAGAGAUGUGCAACAUUUAUGGUUUACAAAAACUCUGUGAUAUCCUAGUAGAACACCCGACUUGGACUUUGGCUCAUAUCGCGGCCCACUUGGCUCUCUACAAUGCGUUCAACGACCCGACAAUAAACUGCUGUAUAAACAGCACCGAUGUAGAGACGGGAAUGUCCCCUUUGCAAGUCGCCAUAACCACUCAAAACGUCAAGACAGUUCAAAUUUUAAUUUCUAACAAUUCUUCUUUGGAGCAUUUGGACCAUGACGCCAAUUCCGUAUUUCAUUAUGCUGCAAGUACCACUAAAGAUAUUAUUGGGGCUUUGGCUCAAAGUUCGCCUCUCAGAUGCCUCAACGCCCGUAACAAAAACGGUUAUACACCCCUCCAUAUGGCCUGUCUGGCCGACAAGCCCGAUUGCGUCAAGGCUCUGCUACUAGCCGGAGCCGAUGUCAAUAUUACCGCCGCUAAAAGUGAAAAUCCCGAUUCGCCCGUGACCAUGGAACCCAGUUAUGUGGGUAAUUACGUUCAAAAUAAUCCCAAUACGUUUUAUUCGAAGGACAUGAAGAACGGCGGUACUCCUCUGCAUUGGGCUAGUUCUAGGCAAGUCAUAGAGGCCUUGAUCGAUGUUAAUUGUCACAUAAAUGCCUUAAAUUUCGAAAAUAAAACUGCUCUACAUGUGAUGGUUGAGAGAAAUCGACUGGACUGUGUGUGCGCCCUUUUAAGCCGCCAAGCAAACGGAAACUUGGGCGACUAUGACGGCAAUAGACCCAUACAUUUGGCAAUAAAAACGAACAAUCCCGCUAUCAUACAAGCUCUCAUUAUUUUCGGAGUUGACUUAGACGUUUUGAACAACAAAGGCGAGACCGCCAGGCACUUGAUUACGGUAGAUCAAGAACCGAAAUUGCUGUACUAUGUAUCAGCCGUAGGAGCAAGCAGGUGUUCAUCUGGUCUGCAAGGUUGUACGGAUGGAUGUUCAGCGGUUGGUACUUACGAAGGCAUUCCUCCACCAAAGGUCAUGGGCCCAACGAACAGAGAUAUUCUCAAUUCCAUGCUGUCGGUGGCCGGUAUGGAAGUAACAGCGAGUAAAUUCCAAAGUGGCAAAUUUCCAACCAGCGGACGGUUAUUAUGUUUAGACGGUGGCGGUAUCAGAGGUCUCAUUUUGGUACAAAUGUUACUUGAACUCGAAGUCGUUUUAGGUAAACCGAUCAAAGAUUGCUUCGAUUGGAUGGCGGGAACGAGCACGGGCGGUAUUUUGGCUUUAGCUAUUGCUACUGGAAAGACGCUGAAAGAAUGUCUGUGUCUCUAUUUUCGUUUGAAAGAACACGCGUUCACCGGCAUUCGGCCGUAUUCUAGUGAAAAUUUGGAAAAUAUUUUGAAAGAUACUUUCGGCACGGAAACUGUCAUGUCGGAUAUCAAGCAUCCCAGGGUAAUGGUGACAGGUGUAUUGGCUGACAGAAAACCAGUAGAACUUCACUUAUUUAGAACGUAUACUAGUCCCAAUGAUAUUUUAGAGGUUAAGCACGAUUCUCAAUACGAAUUACCGCCACCUCCGGAGGAACAGCAUGUGUGGCAAGUAGGAAGAGCUACUGGUGCUGCACCAACUUAUUUCAGGGCGUUUGGUAGAUUCUUAGACGGUGGAUUAAUAGCGAACAACCCAACUUUAGAUGCGUUGACCGAAAUUCAUGAGCAUACGUUGGCUCUGAAAGCGAAAGGCAGAGAAGAUGAAGCUUGUCCUGUGACAGUGGUCGUUAGUUUGGGCACUGGGUUGAUACCCGUCACAGAGGUGAAGGGAAUCGAUGUGUUUCGACCCGAAAGCGUGUGGGACAGCGCCAAAUUAGUUAUAGGAAUAUCGUUCUUAGGCACGUUACUUGUCGAUCAGGCGACUGCGUGCGAUGGUCGCGUUGUAGACCGAGCACGGGCUUGGUGUUCAUCGAUUGGAGUGCCGUAUUUCAGAUUCUGUCCGCAAAUGUCCGAGGACGUCGCUAUGGAUGAAAAAUCGGAUGAAAAACUUUGCGGAAUUCUUUGGGAAACUAAAGUAUACAUGCACGAACAAAUGUGUCUUAUGAAAGAAUUAGCUGAUAUUUUAAAUAAAGGUUAAGUAUCUAGUCAUGGCGAUUUAUUAAAGAUAAUUUCUAUACAUUUCAUCUUGUCGUAUGUGUUAAAACAAUUAUAAUUUUUUCUUGAUAGUACCAAAUUUAAAAAUAUUAGUCAAAGAAUAAUACGCUUAGUUGUUUUUUUUUUUAAUACAUAGAAUCUAGUGUAAUAGGAAAUCUCAUCCACGAAUAAUUUUUUAUUUAAUUCUUAUAGAAAUAAUUGUUUUUUAUUUAUUUUUUCAUUAAUACCUCAGUCAA